AUGGUCCAGCAAGGCACGAGGUGUGAAUCUCUUGGGAUCCAUAAACAAAGUCUGAACGAUCUGCAGUCUUCCCAGUUCAAGCUUGAAGUCAGCGCGCAAAUGAAGCGUGGCGCCGUUGGGGCGCAGUGGAGCCUGGAAAUGCAAGAGUCAUCUGCUUUGAUUGGCGCCAUCCUGAGUAUCAUACAUCCACAACUUUAUGAGCAGGGAAUGGAGGCACUCCGCCGCCUCGAGACAGAAAAUGGGUUUGUGGAUGAUGAGGAAGAAUUGUACACGGCGCUGAAGCAUUGGACUCCCCCUUUCAGCGCCUUGUCAGUGAUUAGCAACCGGUCAACACCAGUACACCGUGACACCAAAGGGCGGAAUGAGUGGAUUGAUGUCCUAGUGCCUUUGGGAGAGAAAGACUCGACUGGAAUCAUGGAUUUCCCGGGUUUAGGCAUAUCCAUCAAGUACAACCCAUCGACAAUAGUUGGGGUUGCUGGCAAAGUGAUCUCACAUGGGGCAGUGUUUGAAGGGGGAGAAAGGGGGUGCAUUUCAUACUACAUGCGCAAUAAAGUUCAUGAGAGGUUAGGAGUUCCAGCGGGCACAUGGAUGAACACCAGUAUAUAUGAUUGCUAG